AUGGUAUUCGGAGCUGUUUACUUGGGUAGACUCUCCAAUGGACAAGUGAUUGCAGUCAAAAGAGAAAGGCUACUUGUCUAUGAAUUUGUUAAUAAAAGCCUUGAUUUCUUCAUAUUUGAUCCAACCAAGAAAGUGCAACUGGAUUGGAAAAGGCGCUACAAAAUCAUUCGGGGUAUAGCUCGUGGCCUUCUUUACCUUCAUGAGGAUUCUCGACUGCGCAUUAUACAUCGUGAUCUCAAAGCAAGCAACAUUCUUUUAGAUGAAGAAAUGAAUCCUAAGAUAUCAGAUUUUGGCAUAGCAAGACUGUUUGUGGUGGAUCAAACUCAAGGCAAUACCAGUAGAAUUGUUGGAACAUAUGGUUAUAUGUCUCCAAAAUAUAUAAAGUAUGGGCAAUUUUCAGAAAAGUCUGAUGUCUUUAGCUUUGGAGUCAUAGUUUUGGAGGUCAUUACUGCUAAAAGGAAUGCCCAUCCUCUUGUAUCAUCAGAUGAUGAUAGCCUCCAAGCUUAUGUUUGGAGACAAUGGAGAGAUCAAACACCUUUAAAUAUAUUACAUGAAGGUAUUAAAGAAUCUUGCAAUCAUAGUGAAGUCAUUAAAUGCAUCCAUAUUGGUUUAUUAUGUGUGCAAGAGAAGCCAGAUCAUAGACCCACAAUGGCAAGAGUUGUUUCAUAUCUAUGUAGCCCGUUAGUUGAGUUGCCAUCUCCCGGAGAACCAGUGAAUUCUAUGCAUAAUAAUGGAAUAGUGCAAAAGCUGGUAGCAGACGAAUCGAGUUCAGGUUCCACUUUCUCAGUCAAAGAAAUGUCCUUGAGUAAAUUUAUUCCUCGGUAG